AUGCACCUGCUCGCGCACACCACCACCACCACCACCGCACACCGCCAGCUCCUCGCCCGGCAGUGGCUCGCCCUCUACCAGCAAGGGCCGCGCUGGGUCCCGCCCCUAGUCCACACGGGCGUGCUCGCCAACCUGUACCUCGCCUUCGCCCAACCCAACCACCCGCAACACCCGCAACACCCCCAGCAACAGCACCUCCACCUCGCCGCCGCCGCCCUCGCCUUCGCCGUCCUCCCGCUCACCUUCCUCGUCUUCGAGCCGGGCAUCAACGGCGCGUGCAAGUGGAAGGCGGCCGCGCUGCUGCGGCAGCGGCAGGAAGGCCGGGGAGGCCGGGGAGACCGUGGGGAAGAAGGAGGGGGAGAGGCGGGGGAGGAGGAGGAGGAGGAGGACGGAAGAAGGAACGGGCUGGCCACGACGGCCACAACCACGACGUUGUUGCGGCCGAGCGUGCGGCGGCAUUCGGGCGGGGCGGCGACGCGUGCGUGGGCGGAGCGCGCCGACAUGGCGGAGUUGGUGGUCGCGUGGGCGCGGCUGAAUCACUUGCGGUGGGUUUUGGCGUUGUUGGCUGGGGUGGUGAGUUUUGCGGGGUUGGUUGUUGGUGGUGGUGGGUAUGGUGGGGCUGGGGGAGCGAGGUGA